UCAAAGAAUUUAUUUAAGGGGUCUUUUUUAGUACAAUCAAAGUUAAAAUUGGAAAAAUUGCCGCUUUAAGGCUGUCCUAGGAAGGUUACUUACUUUCAACUGUGAUAAGGUCAAACAGUCAGACUAGGCGAUUUCUUUUACUGUAAAUAUGGGCGCGAUGGACUUUGUAUCUAAUGGUUAUAAUAAUGGCCAUUUUUUUAAUGACAUAUAAUACUUCAUAUUCAUGAUAAUGACGAUCAUCACAUUGAAUUCCAGCCAUCAUUCACCCGAAUGGAUAGCACACUAUCAGCACAGUUUUGGGCUGGCCAAAAUCGUGAAAUUUUGUAUAUAAAAAUUAUUGGCCCAAUAUACCGCAUUAAAUAAAAGAGGUGUGGCCUAACGUUUGAAACAAGAGCAAUCGCUUUACCACCACCACCACCACCAUCAUCACGACAUCAUUCUUUAGAGACAUGAACGAUCUCAUACGAUACAUUGAUGAGGAGGGUUGCGCACAUUUAUUGCUACCACCACAUAAAUACACAUUAAUGUACUGAAUUCACAAGGUCUCGACACACACAAAUCGACCAUGGUCGAUAUCGUCUCCGAAAAAAAAGAUCAUCACCGUUUGUUUGAUCCCAAUGAACAACCACACACAAACACACACACACGCUCGUAGGCCAAAUAAGUCAAUCGCGAAAACAGACCAGAGCAAGAGCAUCGUUCGUUCGUGCUGAACAUUUAUUGGUGUCGGGCGUCAGUCAACUUAUCGGUACCCGAAACAACAGAACAAACCAGGCUUUUGAUUUUGAUGCUGCUGUUCACCAAUAUCAUGAGAUUUUCGGUUUGCAUUCUGUGUAUGACACUUGAUCCACUGACAAAAUAUCCAUUUGUGCACAUGACAACACUGACUCUUGCUAUGCUAUUCGACGCCAAUGACGACCAGCUAGCACUGAAUCAUGAAUGAUGAUGAUAACUAUAGUAUUGCCUUUCUAGUUGACCUAUGACCUGUUGGUCGUUAUGAUCGUACCAUUGUAUCUUGCUAUUUUUUGCUGCUGUUUGUCGUUACAAUUUGUGAUUGUGAGUGUUUGUAAAUUUGAAUUAUUGAUUGAAAGAUAGGUGAAUGCUUGACAUUAUGAUGAAUCUAAUCCGUCUUCUCUAAAUGUGUAUGUGUGUGUGUGUCAAAGUGUUAUUCUCAUCUGAUGGCUUUGGCAGUGAGUAAGCAGCCACAACCUUGGCAUCCUCCAACACCUUCCGUGUCAUCGAGAAGCACUGACUUGACAUCUACAUCAUCUUCAUCGUCGUCCAGUGACAUUGAGUCAAGUUUUUCAAAGAGCGCUGUUACCUUUACCGGAAACGAGCCCGGCAAUCCAUCAUCGUUAGUCAAAACGGAUUGUCAAUUGAUAAAUUCUGAUAAACGCAAAUCUACGACUGUUGGUGUGGCCACCACGAUCACCAGUGGUGAAGUAUCAACGACUGCAGAUAACGGUUCAAAAACACAGCAACAAGCUGUAGUGAGCACUAAAUCUUCAAUAUUAGAUCUUCAACAGGAACAACUUAACAGCAACAGCAAUAAUAAUGCACCGGCAGCACAAGCUGCUGCCGUUGCUGCUGCAGCCGCCUUAGCACCUUUUUUUGGAACUUUUCAUCAUCAUUCAUCAUUAUCACCAUCCAACUCAUCGAUCAGUCCUAUUGUAACAAGUCCCAGUAGCAGUCAAAAUAUUCAAGACAUCUCCUUACAUUAUCCUGGUACUCAUUCUACUGGUCAAAAUCAUCAUCACCGCCAUCAAACUCAUUACGUAUCUCAUUCACACAGCGGAAGUGGAAAUACAACUCAUCUAAACCAUCAAAGUCAUAACCAGCACCCCCAUCAUCCGCAUCAGAUAAUGUAUUCAUCUCCAUCCUCCAUACCAAGUCAAGCCUUUGAUGGGGGUUUGCUAAUGUCUGCCAUUGCCCCUCCUCCCAAUGGAACAGUUUCCACUAAUGGAUCGAUGCAAAGUCAUGUAGCUUAUGCUACAGCCAAUGGCUUUCAACAGUCUUCUCAGCCAGUCGGGUCUCAUCAAACAACUAAUGGCCAAUUGGCGAUGACCAACACAGUAUCCUCUCAACAUCCACCAUCUAUUAUGACAAAUGGAACGACCACUAACGCAUACAGCCAAUAUGCCAAUUUUACUCAACUUCUUCCCACUUCUAACAUAUCACAGAUGGGUUCCACGGCUGUAACUGGUCAUCAUCAUCAUCAUCAUCAUCCACAUCAUCAAUCCUUAAUUUCCGGUACAUCAUCUACAGCUAGUUCUGGUCUACAUGGCUCACCCGGAAGUCUAACGACUACUAGUGUAGCACAUACGAAUUUAGGGUUGCCGUUAAGUUUGGGAGGAUCCGUUCCAUUAGGAUCUCGAUCCAGUUCAAGUCGUGCAUCGAGUACAACAAGUAGUCAAGCAUCACCAUCAACGCCUACAUGCAGUACAAGCAAAUUAUCCAAUACUAACCGGGUUAAUCUACAUCAAUCUCAACGCAAUAUGGCCACCAUGAAUGGUGGUAAUAGUGUCCAACAGCCGCAAGGGUCAGCUAACUGUGUGACAACAGUUACGGCUAGUAGUACCACCAAUAAUCAGAUAUCGGUAGAGUGUGUGGUUUGCGGGGAUAAGAGCUCAGGAAAACAUUAUGGUCAAUUCACAUGUGAAGGAUGUAAAUCAUUUUUCAAACGUUCAGUACGCCGUAACCUAACAUAUUCAUGUCGUGGUAGUCGUAAUUGUCCGGUGGAUCAACAUCAUAGGAAUCAGUGCCAAUAUUGCCGCCUACGAAAGUGCCUAAAGAUGGGUAUGCGUCGCGAAGCGGUUCAGCGUGGUCGUGUCCCAUUAACUCCAACUCAUUCAUCCUUUACUGGAUCUUCAGCGGCUCAUUCACCUGCAGCUUUAGCUGCAGCUGCUGCAGCUGCUCUUGGUUUAAGUCCAGUGGCCAAUGGAUCAUCGAUGGAAUCAUCGCAUCAUCAUCAAUCGCAACAACAAUCACAAGCUGCCAAUAACACCAACAGUCGCAUGCUUUCGUCGACUAAUAACAAUGCAGCCGGUCAAUCUCUUAACUCGGUAAAUGGUCAAGUACCAAGCAUGGAUGGUGGAAACAGCUUAUCGGCAGCAACAGCCUCGACUUCUGCCGCUACGGCAGUCAAUGGUUCGAAUGGAAAAUAUAAUUUACAAGGUUAUGUAUCCUUACUGCAGCAAGCUGAAUCGACAGCCAGAUUGACACAAACGAUGCAACAGCUUCAUAGUACAUCGGCCAAUGGACUGUUGAGCAUCGAGACCAUGUGCGAAAUGGCUGCCCGUAUAUUAUUUUCUGCCGUUGAUUGGGCGAGGAAAAUUCCUCAUUUUCCGGAUCUUCAAGUACAAGACCAGGUUUCCCUGCUUCGAAUGGUCUGGUCAGAAUUAUUCAUUUUGAACGCCAGUCAAUGUUCAAUGCCGAUGCAUACCGCUCAUCUAUUAGCAGCUGCUGGUCUUCAUGCCAAUCCAAUGGCAGCAGACCGUGUAGUGGCCUUCAUGGAUCACAUUCGCAUUUUUCAGGAUAAUUUGGAAAAAUUGAAAGCCCUACAAGUGGAUGCAGCCGAAUAUAGCUGUCUGAAAGCGAUCGUUUUGUUCACUACCGAUGCUUGUGGAUUACAGGAUGGUGGCCACAUCGAAAGCAUACAAGAGAAAUCUCAAUGCGCAUUGGAAGAAUAUUGCCGAACAAAUUAUCCCAAUCAGCCGAUACGUUUUGGAAAAUUAUUACUGCGUUUACCUUCGUUACGUUCAGUUAGUUCGCAUGUGAUUGAGCAAUUGUUUUUCGUUCGUUUAGUAGGCAAAACUCCCAUCGAAACAUUAAUUCGAGAUAUGUUAGUCAGUGGUAAUAGCUAUACCUGGCCAUACAUGUCUCUUCAAUGAUUUUAUUCCAAUCCAAACACACUCACCCAUACUACACGCCAAAUAAUAAUUGUAAUUUGAUUUGUUGUGCAAUGUUGUCCUCUUUUUCUUAAAUCAAGAUACAUCUACCUAUAUACUUAUAAUUGGAUUGUCUUUUAGUGCUCAUAGAACGGUUACAUCAUUUUUAUUAUAAAAACAACAUGUUUGAUUGUCAUAUAACUUUAUGCAAUUCAUUAGACGAUAAAUACAUAUACCAACAUGGUAUUCUCAUUGAAUUACCGUUUUUCUCAUCCUAUGCAUCAUGAAUGAAUUCUAGCAAUUUGGUUUGGUUUGUUGUUUCGUUUGUUCGUGAAUUUGUCAGACUUUAAAUGUCAUUGCAUGGUGCCAUAAAUUUUUGUUUAUUCGCCUUCUCCUAUUAUUUAGCUGAACAAAGUUUUCCGCUUUCUCACUCACGAUAGAAUAUUUGAACAAAAUGAUAAAUACUGAUUAUCUUAUUCACAAACAGAAUCUCAAAAGAUCUCAAAUUGUAAAUUUCCAAUUUUCAAAGACCAAUAAAGUAUAAAUGAAAAGAUCCAAA